AUGUUCUCUAAUUACCUCGAGGAUAAAGGUGAGCUGUUUGACAUUCUGGCACCAGGCCACCUACGGGAAAAAAGAGACAUCCUGAAAGUGGAGAGAGUGAUAAAUUUUAGUAAAGCGGGAACAUCCCGACACGAAAAGCUCCUUAAGUUGUCAUUUAUGACCUCUGAAGGACUUUUGCUGGAAUGCUGCUAUCUUGAUGCUUGUCUGUUUGAAAAAUGUGUCCAUGAAGCCGCGGAGAGUGUUCUUCUCUUGUUGAAUUCCAUUUUCUUUGCUGAUGUUAAUUGCUGCUAUGUUUAUGAAACAUCCAUAUAUCUAGUUUACAUCACGGUCAGCAGUCUUGAUAAAACAUUCUUGGAUCUAUUAAGAGCUUCUAAUGGGUAA